AUGACUAUGAAUUUGGCCUCUUUCCUCGACAACCUGGAGGGACCUGAGGGCCUGCACAAGUUGGGUGUGCCCCGCAGGUGUGGCCCUGCCCUGGCGCUGAGGGACCUGGCAGACCUGACUCUGCCGCGGGCGAAGGUGUUGCCUGACAGAGAAGAGAUGUCAGAGGCCAGACCCGUCUCCAGGAGCCUCCUCCGGUACAGACCCGGACCUCUGCUGGCUGCAGGUGCUUCCUGCCUGACCCCUCCCGCGGGAGAGGAGGUCCUCCGUCCYGGGGGACGCCUGCACCUCAGGGUUCAGGGCAGUCACCAGGUGGCCCUGCGACUGGCCUGCAUUGGGGAUGAGAUGGAUCUGUGUUUUCGGGGCCUCCAACUGGCCCAGCUGCCUGGGAUGGCCAUGCACAGCCUUGCUCUCAGCUACAGCCAGGCGAGAGUCACGGGUGUGCUCAGAAGCUUGACCCAGGGUCUCGCCAGCCUCAGGGAGAACAUGUGGUUCUGGAGACCCGCGGCCCCCAGAACCCGGGUGCCUCCUGCCCGGGCCUGCCGGGAGCUGCUGCCYGUGCUGCUGCUGCUGGGCCUGUUGCUGAGCAGGGCCCUGUACCUGCGGCUCCAGUGA